UUCCAGACGGCAAGACUGGAGACCUGAAAUUCUAUCCGAGUGAGGGGUAGCUGUGUGUUGAAUGUCUCAUAGUUGCAGUAUAUUCAACUCAUGAUCUUUGACGUGCCACAGUGGCCGUUCCCUUGUUUGACGGGGAGGGUUGAUCACUAACAGUGUAAGGUAGGCACAUAGGUAAUGCGCAGUGGCGCCUCGCCCUUGGCCCGUUCCCUCCAGCGGAAGCCGGGAUUCUUCCACCUUCGAUCUUAAUAGCGCCCCGUGGGAGCCUCUUGCACUUGCUUCACGUCGGUCGUCUCUAAGCGGAUAGCAGCGUCGCAUUCGCCGCCCUUACACUACACGCUUCCAUUUGCUCACUGCUUCUGAUUUUGUUUCAUCCGCUUGUCGUUCAUCUUGUCCCCCAUUCUCCAUCCCGUUUAACCUGCACGCUGAAAGUGGAGUCCCCAUACCAGGCCCAAGUCCCACGAACUUCGCUCCUCAUCUGAGAUUUGCCCGCCAAUGCUUAUCUGUGGCCCAUAAGUCGCCUGUUACAUCAUUCUGUAUAAAGAGGCGACGCCGAAUCCGAGCUUUGGGAAGCCCUCUUCUUCAUCCACAGCUGGUGUGACAAACAUAUUCAUCCACAUACGGCCCCUCGUCGAGUUAGACGUCUUGGCAAAAUCCAUCUCGACCUACGACCUACCUGACUUGGCAAGGUUGAAGAUAAAAGAGGGGCAUCACCAGUUGCAAAGAUCACUUCGUAAUCCGAGGCGCAGAAUAUUACCCUCUCUCCCGUGUACAUCCUAUUGGACGCUCGCAAAACGCGGACAAUCUUGAGCGAUCACCAUGGAUACACUCCUAACUGCCGAAAUCGCGGCCAAUGCCCCACGCUACCGCCGCAAGAGUUCAACUUUCAUCGAUGGCAUUCACGAUGUCCCAAGCGAGGUGGGCAAUUUGGCCCCAGCCCAGUUGUACAGCACCAUGUCUGGUCGUCUCUUCCAUUCGGGGAGAAUCGCCAUCGUAAUGGUUGGCCUUCCAGCUAGAGGAAAGACUCACAUCUGUGUCUCCAUGGCUCGAUAUCUCUCUUGGCUUGGUGUCAAGACUCGCAUAUUCCACCUUGGUGACUACCGCCGAGCUACGGUUGGCCAAGGAGGCCAUGUUCCACAGGACUAUUUCUACCCCAAUGCCUCGCCAGCGUCUGUCAUGCUUCGCCAGAAAAUUCUGAAGAAAUGCAGGGAGGAUAUUUACGGCUGGCUGAACCAUGAAAAUGGUCAGGUUGCGAUUUACGACGCCGUGAAUCCCACCGCAAGCGGCCGUCGUGCCCUUGCCAAAGAAUUUGCCAAGCAUGAUGUUCAAACACUGUUUAUCGAGUCUUUUGUGGAUGAUCAAGAGAUCCUCAAGGAAAACGCCCGAAAUGUCAAGAUUUCGUCUCCCGAUUUCCACGGCAUGGACCCAGAUGAGGCCGCCAAACGCUAUCUCAAACGCAUCGAGACGAAGAUUCCCGUAUUCGAAACCAUGGCAGAGGAAGAGCUCAACUACGUCAAGAUGAUCAACGCUGGUCAGGCCUUCUUUUACAACAACGUCAGCUUCAACUACCUCUCGCACCGCAUCGUCUUCUAUCUCACCAACCUCCACAUCAAACACCGUACCACCUUCUUUGUCCGUGCAGGUACCGCUACUGAGGAGGAUUCUUACAAGGCCGAUGCGCCGCUCUCCGCCGAGGGCGAGGCGUAUGCUCAAGUUAUGGCCGAGACGCUUAUGCGGCAUCGAGAGCAAGAGCGACAGGCGAUUAUCGAUCAGGGCGGCCCUGAUGUUCCUCUGCGUCCGCUCACGAUUUGGACGUCGACCAGGCUGCGGACAAUUCAGACAGCCGAGCCUCUUGAGAAGUUGGGGUACAAAGUUCGACACAGAAGCCAAAUGUCACAAAUUAACCCGGGAGUGUGUGAGAAGCUUUCGGAGAGAGCGAUCAGAAAUUUGUAUCCUGAAGAGGUGGAGAAGCACGAGUUGGAUCCGUAUCAUCAUCGGUAUCCCCGCGCUGAGUCCUAUCACGACCUAGCCGUGCGCCUCGAACCCAUCAUUCUUGAGCUUGAGCGUGAGCAAAAUGAUCUUUUGAUCAUCGCCCACGAGUCGGUCUUGAGGGUUCUGUACUCUUACCUAAUGCACUGCUCUACUCGAGACAUUCCCAAGCUUAAGUUCCCCCGAGACGAAAUUAUCGAGAUCAUUCCUGCAGCAUAUCAGAAUGAGGCAAAGCGAAUUCACAUUCCGGGCCUCGACCCGCGGAUGAUACCUGGCAGCCCAGAGGAUAUAAGGAUCCCGGUGCCGCCUGGGUUCGAUGACUUUGGGAAACAGCUUAGUCCGAUUAGUAUUCCGGCCAUGAUGGGGGGGGCUCCGCCUAGUGCCACCGAAGUCACGGUGGGGUUUGCCACGGGGGAUAGGAAGGGGAGCAUCAGUGUGAGUAAUACUGGUGGAUUGAGAAGUGUCAGCGGUAGUUUCAGUGGAGGGGAGAGACCGGUGACAGAGAAGAUUGUGAAUAACACUGCGAAGGAGAUGGUGGAGGACAAGGUUGAAGACGAGGAUUAA